AUGGGAUCUUCAAGUAAAAAAAAAAAGGACUGAAGAACACAUAACGAUGCAUAGGCAUUAUGAAAUUCGAUUCUGGUCUCUCUCUCGCUCUCUCUCUCUACGGACAUCGGACAAGCGUUGACUGACAGCUUUUCAUUCCCAGUAGCUGUAGUUCCACGCCAUAUCGAGAGGAAGGGAGGGGGUAGUAGUAGCAGCGAAGUAGUCAAAACUCUGCUGCCGCUAAUUUAAUUGAUUAAAGCACAUCGCCUACUAGCUAGCUAAAUAGGACGUUGCUGCGAGUGCCCGUGUGUGAGGGCAGAAAACUCCCCGAGGAGCGACCGCUGAGUUUAAGCCACCGCAACGAGAAAAGGGAAUAUUUAAUUGUCAAUAAUAAAAAGAUUGGACUGGACUGGAGGACCUCUCUCCCUUGCAUACAUGUGUUAAAGGGAGGGAGGGAGGGGAACGGGACGGAAUGAUGUUUGGUGUUGUCUUCUCGUGGGGCUAUUUUGGCUGUAAUUGAAAAUAGAAGUUUAGUUUCUUCUGUCUAGUUGAGAAAACACAAUAACUUGAGCGCAAUGGAGAGCCAACCACCCGAGCCACAAAGCUAUGAGGACGUUCGAAAAAGCGGCUACCUCCGCAAGCAGAAAUCCAUGCACCGGCGAUACUUCGUCCUCCGGACGGCCUCGGAGAGGGGCCCGGCCCGUCUCGAAUACUACGAAAGCGAGAAGAAAUUCCGCGGAAAGACACCCGUCCCCAAGAAAGCCCUGGUUCUGGAGACAUGUUUCAACAUCAACAAGCGGGCUGAUGCAAAGAACAAGCACAUGAUAGUGCUGUACACCCGGGCGGAGAGCUUUGCCAUCGCGGCAGAAAACGAGGCGGAUCAAGACGAAUGGUAUCAGGCCAUGGUGGAGCUGCAAUGCAAAAGUAAGACUCCCGCCACGGACACGGCUGCUGGAGGGGACUACGGCGUGCCCACCCCAGGCCCCGCCUUCAAGGAGGUGUGGCAGGUGAAGGUGUGGCCUAAAGGGCUGGGCCAGGCCAAGAACCUGGUGGGCGUCUACCGGCUGUGCCUGACCGACAAGACAGUCAACUUUGUCAAGCUCAACUCGGACGCGGCCGCCGUGGUCUUGCAGCUGAUGAACGUGCGGCGCUGUGGCCACUCUGAGAACUUCUUCUUCGUGGAGGUCGGUCGGUCUGCGGUCACAGGCCCCGGCGAGUUCUGGAUGCAGGUGGAUGACUCAGUGGUGGCCCAGAACAUGCACGAGACUCUUCUGGAAGCUAUGAAGGCCCUGAGCGAGGAGUUCCGCCAACGCAGCAAAUCACAGUCCAACUCCGGACCAGGCGGUGGGGCCACCGCCUCCAAUCCCAUCAGCGUCCCGUCGCGGCGCCACCACCCCAACCCGCCCCCCAGCCAGGUGGGCUUUACGCGCAGGCCCCGCACUGAGCCGCCCGGAGGCACUGGGACUGGGGGCAACAGUGCCAACGCGUCGCCCACCCCGCGCCACAGCUUCCCCAGGUCAGGUACAGUCAGCGAUGGGGGCAAAAGUGACGAGGGAGCAUGCAGCGGCACGGGGCAGAGUUCCAGUCCGACCGCCAACGGGUCCUGUUCCACCACGCCCAUCCUCAGGUCCAAGUCUGCCCGCUCUGCCACCACCCCGGCCAAGAACAACCCCCUGGGCUUGAUGCGUUCUGUUUCCACCCCGGCCCCCUCCCCAGCUCCUAGCCUAUCUUCCAGUUCCGGCCACGGCUCUGAGUUUGGAGGCGUUGCUGGUGGAACUGGAGGAGCGGGUGCCGGGGCCUAUAGCCGCGUCCCCUCCCACAGUGCUUCUGUGUCGGGUUCCCCCAGCGACUACGGCUCCUCGGACGAGUACGGCUCCAGCCCUGGGGAGCACUCGUCCCACUCCCUCCUGGCUCCUUCACCCAACAUGCUCGGCGGGUCGGGCAGCCUGGGCGGCAACGGUCAGUCUCUGGACGACGAUGCUGCUAACUACAUCCUAAUGGGCCAGCGUGGUGGAGCGGGCGGAGAAGGGGGAGCUGCCACAUCCGUCUCUCAGUCAGCUAAAGCAUCGAGCUCCACCACUUCCCAGCAUCCUCUAACCAGGAGGGUCCUGCGGCGCUCCUCUAGCCGAGAAUGUGAGGCCGAGAGGCGGCUGCUGAGCAAGCGGGCAUCCCUGCCACCCAUGGCCCUGGAACGCCUGGCCCCUCGGCCUCGCAGGGGGGAGGAGGAGCCGGAGGAGGAGGCCGCCGACUAUGCCAUAAUGUCACGCAGCACCAGCAGGGAGUCCUUCACCACCUCCUCCUCUUCGUCAUCACGGAGGGACUCCGAGAUGAGCCCCGGAUGCGGGGGCGGAGGAGGGGGCUACCUGGACGUGGCCGGCGAGCUGGCCGGAGGUGGUGUGGUGGCCCGUGAUAACGGCUACAUGUCCAUGUUGCCGGGAGGAGCGGCCCAACCUCCGGUCGCCCUCACCCACCCGCUCUCUGUCGCCUUGGCCGACUCGGAGUCCAAGCCGGCGGACGACUACAUGGCCAUGACGCCCAACAACAGCGUAUCGCCGCCGCAGCAGAUCCGGGCCCCCGCCGGCGACGGCUACAUGAUGAUGUCACCCAACAGCAGCUGCUCCCCGGACCAGCGAGGCGGCGGCGGCCUGGCGGGCGGGGCCUGGGUAGGCAGCAGCAGCGCCGACAGCCGGGCCGGCAGCGACUACAUGAACAUGUCCCCCAUCAGCGCCCGCUCGGUCAGCAGCAGCACCCCCCCGCCCGAGCAUCCCCCUCACCCUGACCCCCACCCCCUACAGCAGGCCCCCAAGAUGGUAUACUCGUACUACUCACUGCCCCGCUCCUACAAACACACGCCGCCUGCUGGACACUUCGAGGACGGCCCCGGUCGAGGGAGGCGGCCAAAUGGGAGUGCUGAUGGCAAAGCAGUUGGCAGGGAGACCGGGGGGCGUCAAGACCCCAAUUUGGGCGCAGUCCAAGGCCGCCAUCUGUCUCUCUCCUCUUCCUCCUACUCCUCCAGCUCGGCCAGCAGCGAGAGCCUAGGGGAGAACGAGGAGAGAGCGCCUCAAGGGGCGGGCCCUUCCGGUGGGGGGGCUCACUCUAAAGACAUGGGGCUCCUCCAGCAGAGGCGGGGGGGCCCCAAGCAGGGCCAGCACGGAGGAUCCAGGACGCGGCCAGUCAGCUUGUUCGUGGACGUGUCCAAGGCCAACACACUCCCAAGGGUGCGUGAGAACCCCCUGCCCCCGGAGCCCAAGAGCCCCGGGGAGUAUGUCAGCAUCGAGUUCAAGGGGGACACCAGAGGAGCUCGGGGAGGGAGGGGCCUCAGACAAGGGAUGUCCCUCCCUCACAGUCCCAGUCAGUGCCCCUCACAUCGGCCAGCCUCUUGUCUUGGGGGGUUCCAGCCCCUCUCCGGCAGCCCGUCAACCCCACUCACGCCCCCCACCCCUCCGUCAGGCUCCGAGUACGUUAACAUGGACCUGGGGCCCUCUCCCUCGCCGUCGCCUCUCUCUUUGACCCCACUGGGCUUCCCGUCCUUCCCUGUCCCUCCCACGCCCCCGCCAAAAUCCCUGGCCCCCAAGUCCCGUGACGAGUGCAGUGUGGCCCCUCAACAACAAAGGGGGCCCGAGGCAGCUGAAGCAGGACCUCGAAAAAACGGACAGACCCCCACUGUUGGGGUGCCCCUCUGCGAGUCUCCUCCCUGUGGGGACUAUACAGAUAUGGCCUUCAGCCGGGACAACCACACCGUUUCUAGACCCAAUUCUAACAGCACCUCCCCAAAGGCCCCCUCCCCAGCCAGGCCCGAACCCCCUGUGCCUAUCCUCACCCUUAAUCUGGACUUUCCCUUGACCAGAACUGGGCCCAACCCGGACCACGGCGCUAAAGUGAUCCGGGCCGACCCACAGGGCCGCAGACGGCACUGCUCCGAAACCUUCCUCACCUCCCCCUCUCUUCCUCCCACCUCCUCGUCAUCCUCUUCCUCCUCCAACUCCUCAUCCGCUGCCUCUCUUUUCCCAGAGCAGGCCCAGGCCGUGGUCCGCCGGCUGGGGUUUGAGGGCAUAUUGUGGGGGAAUGCCGCAUCGGCUGAGCAUCUCCCUUCCUCGCAGUUCCCUCACCCUGGGCCUGGCCUACCCGUUGCCCAGGCACUAUCCAUGGAGCAAGGUCUCAACUACAUAGACUUGGACUUGGCAAACAAAGAGAGCCCUAAUUCAGCUCUGGACGGUUCUUCGAGUGUCCAGGCUGUCCUCCCUCGCCUCUACCCCGUGGUGAAUGGGGGGGCUGGGGCGGGGCUGUCUGUGGCCGGAGUUCAGGCCAGUGGAGGCUCCAACCUCAACACUUACGCCAGCAUCGACUUCUACAAGUCUGAGGAACUGAGGACACAUCAGAACGGAAACAAAGACGGUACAGAAUGCUGAUGUCCAAGCCCUUGGAAUUCUGGGAAAUAAAUAGGAGAUCAGAAGGUCCUGCUCUUUAUCCUUGUAUGACAACCAAUGGGAGGAGAGAGGAGUCGCACCGGUCACGUCCCUGAAGCACUUUGGAAAGACUAAUGGAAAACCUAAUUUUAUUUUUGCUUUCAGUUUAUUGGUUGUAAUAACCAAUGGGGACGUGUGCCAAUUUUACUCUAAACAACCUAUUGGUUGUUAGCCUGCGAAAGAAGGCCUCCAAGUCAAUCCGAGAGGACAACAGACUGCUGACAUCCGGCUCGAAGCCAGUGAUGUUGUUCGAUCAUCAGCUUAAAUGAAAACCCAAUUAUUCAAUCAAAAAAGCUGGAUUUAAUCUAAUGAUGGCUGAAUAAACAUAGUGUAUUAACAAAAUAUAUAUAUAUACAUAUGUACAAAAGUGCCUCAUUUUUUUUGAUUGUAGCCAUUUCACAGUGAACAUCAACUUAGUAUCGACUAAGGAACUGAGGAAGGUUUUUGUGCUAGUUUUGAAGUGUUGAAUAUGUUUUGGCAGGUGUAAAAGACAGGGACAAGAGAGAGCACUGGUACUGCUAUAUAAUAUAAAUAUUGAUGAUGAUGAUGAUGAUGAUGAUAGCAAUUAGCUAGCCUUACUGUCAUACUGUGAGCGAUUGCUUCAAUGUCUCCCUUUGCUUUCUUUCUCUAAUCUUUUCUUAUAAUAUAUACAUCUCUCUCCUUCAAGCUCUCUCUCAGCCAACACCUGUCAUCCAAGAAUGCAGAGCAAUUCUAUAUCACAUACCAACACACCCACAUUCUGCACAAUGAGACACUCAUCCUUCACCCUAAACAGUGGCUCUGGAAGUAUGUAUUUAACACACUGAGAGAGAAUCUCACUUGGCGCUUAAUGUAAGAGUGGCGUGCAUGGAUGUUUGAACGUUUCCAUCCAGAAUAGAAGAGAGUGUGGUAACUCAAUGGGUCAGAUUAUUAUAGCAUUGUGCUUGCUUGGCGGUACUUGAUUGGUGUUGUUGUAAAUCAGAGCUGCGAUCCACAUGGAUAUUCAACACAAUCCAAUUAUCAGCUAAAGCUUUUAUUAGCUAAAGACAUGUCUUUGAAUCCAUGUAUCAAGAGCCUGUUAGGAUGGUGUAGUGUCCAUAAGGAUAAAGGAGGCGCUAACAUUAGCUGUGCUAAUAAUAGCCCCUGCUAAUGUUGGCUUAGCUUAAGUCUAGUUUUGGCCUCGCUAGCUUUGGGGAACAUGCUAACUUUAGCCUAGUUUGAAAAGUAUUGGGGUUGGGGGCUAAAGAUAGGCACACAGCCCUCCAUUCUGUUUGUCAUUCUUCUGUCUUUCUAUUUGGUUCUCACUUUAAACUCUAUGCUAUGCAUUAGCACUAAAGUGCCUGUGUGUUUGUAUGUUCCUUGCUUUCCCCGUUAGCACUACUAGCACUGUCCUCCUAAACUAUACUUAGUCUAUUUUUGUUUUUUUCUCUUACUGGCUGUACACCAGUAAGAAUUUGAACUAAAGGUAUCCUGCCCUUAUUGAUGUUUCAAGGAUUAUGUUUAAGGAUUCCAUGACCCAUCAAAUGACUUGACCAAUGGCCCCUAAACGUGUAUACAAGGUUGAUGCUGACCUCCGCUUUGGGCCCACAGAGACAUGUUUGGGCCUGUCAGGGACCCUGUCCAGGACCUCAUCUAUGGCCGGCCCAAUCAGUGCCAAAACAAAACAAAAAAUGCUGUGACUCUUUCUGAAAAAGCUAGUAUGAGAUCUGACGUUUUAUUUUGUUGUUUGUUAAACACUAUUAUAACCUUGCCUGCUCUCAUUGUUUUCUUUAGCACUGUUUGAAUCACACACAAAAAAAUAUUAUUGGAUAUUCUUUGAAACAUCUUGACUCACAGUUUUCCUCCGGGACAAUUAUGAAAUGAAGGGCUUGGGAAGAAGGACUUCAGAAAUGACAAUUCAUGAACAAUACUUGGGCUUACCGUAAGUUGUCAAGAGCAAUCGCAGAAGGAAAAUAAUACACCCUUAAAACUGAAAGAUUUCUCUGUCCAUGUUCUGCUACUGCCACAUUUGUAUAUUCAGUCGUUGAAUCAGGCAAUCUGCUGCACUUCUCACUCAUGUCAUGUGACUGUAGUGAGUGAGAGCUUAACAAAGUGGCUUUAUUCCUACUAGAUUGGGAUCUGUGGUCAGGACAAUUGGCCAAAAUAGUUACUAAUGCAGAGGUGGGGUUAAUAAAGUAGUUGGACUACA